UUUACUUGUCUUCCGGUGUUUUGUUGAUGAAAUGGCCUCUUCACUGAAAGGGAAGGUAGCGCUUAUUACUGGUGCCACUUCAGGCAUUGGCAAAGCUUGUGCGAUUGCAUUGGCAGCCGAGGGAUGCUCUGUGUCCAUCACCGGGCAGGAACACGGAAGCCUUGAAGGAAGUCACCAAGUUGUGCCGCGAGGCAGGGCUUCCGGAAGGCAAAGGUGGGUCGAGUUACGAGGGAGCAGCGUUCAGAUUCAGAUAUGCUAUAUGAUUUAUGUUGUAUUUGCAGUUGAUGGAGAUGUUGCCAAAGAGGAUGACUGCAAAAAGAUUGUGGACUCCACUGUGGCUCAUUUCAAGAAACUUGACAUUCUCAUAAACAAUGCAGGGAUUCUCGUGUUAGGGGGAAUUGAAAGCAUCAGCAUGGAAGAUUAUGACAGGCAGAUGGAUGUUAAUGUGAAGUCUGUGUUCGUUUUAACCAAGCUUGCUCUGCCGCACAUCAUUGAGACGAAAGGGAACAUCAUCAAUGUGUCGUCUGUUUGCGGGAUCCGAUCGAUUCCAGGAAUGGUAGCUUACAACAUGAGUAAGGCAGCCAUGGACCAGUUUACAAGGAGUGUGGCCUUAGAGGUGGCUGACCGGGGAGUGAGAGUGAAUUCCGUCAACCCUGGGCUCAUUAUCACCGACAUCCACAGGCGAGCUGGCAUGUCACCGGAGAAUUAUCAGAAGAUGGUAGAACAUACCAAAAAGAUGUAUCCCCUUGGCCGAGCUGGAGAGGUUGAAGACGUGACAAAAGCCGUCAUUUAUCUUGCCUCAGAGGAUUCGUCAUUUGUAACGGGUGUAACACUGCCUAUUGAUGGUGGGCGGAUAUUGCAGUGCCCUCGCUGAUUGUGGAGCAAAUGAAGGAAUUUGUUCGUAAUUCUGAAAAUUGCUUCUUUUAAUGUCUGGACAGGGCUGUGCUACCCAAAGUGGACAUCAUUUGUAAUUAUUACACUGUUGAUAUAAAUGAUAUGAUGGUUGUUCUUACUAUAUUUAAACACAAAGUAUGAAAAAAGUAUUACUAACAUAUAAUGAUAUACAUUUAUAUUUUUCAAGAAUGUGUUGCAGAUCAAACCCUUAAAGACAUUAAGAUUGAUAUUAAGUGAUAUUAUAAAGAACAAAAAUUAUGAUUGAUAAUUAUAAGCUUCCUUUUUUUUUAUUAUACAGUAUUAUUUAAUCUUGAGAGUAUAACUUUCAUUGAAGUUGAUAUUGGUUAUUGAUUCUUUGUAAAAAAAAUAAAUAAGUUAAGUAAAUAAUUGCAUUGUAAA